AUGCCGACCCAGAGAGCCAUUGUCGUCCAAGAACCGGGCCACGCAGAGUUGCGGGAUGUCCCAAUCCCUGAGCUGCCGGAGGAUUACAUUCUGGUCAAGACCAAAGCCGUGGCCUUAAACCCCACUGAUUGGCGGCACAUUGACUAUGUUGCCUGUACCGGGGCCACGGUGGGCUGCGAUUACGCCGGCAUCGUAGAGGCGGUCGGUCCGCGAGUCACGAAGCCCUUCAAGCAGGGUGACCGCGUGGCUGGCUUCGUGCACGGUAGCAAUGCGGUCCGUCCUAAUGGUGGUGCCUUUGCCGAGUAUGUGAUUGCCAAGGGAGACCUGCAAAUCCGCAUUCCUGAUUCAAUGAGCUUCGAGGCGGCUGCGACCUUCGGCGUUGGGUUGACGACGGUCGGGCAGAAUCUGUACCAGAGUUUGGAGCUGCCCUUCCCUGGUGAAGGAGAGAGUGAGUCCGAGGAGACGAAUAUUCUCAUCUAUGGAGGUGCUACGGCGACUGGGACACUUGCAAUCCAACUGGCGCGUCUUUCAGGGCUGCGCGUGGUGACUACAUGCUCCGAGGCGAACCGCAGUUUGAUGUUUGAGCUGGGCGCACACUCUGUCUUCGACUAUCAUGACGCCGAGGUGGGCGAGCAGAUCAAGGAAGACACCGACGAUGCGCUGGAGUUCGUUCUGGACACUGUUUCUACUCCUCAGUCAGCGGCUAUUUGCAGCGCGGCCAUAUCUUCUGCCGGUGGAUCCUACAAUGCGCUGCUGGACGUCAAGUCUGCCCGCGAUGAUGUGGAUUCCCAUGUCUCGAUGGCGUACGAUGUUUUGGGAGAAACCUAUCGCAUGGGUGCACAGGAGAUUACUCCUGAUGGCAGCAAUCUCGAAUUUGGAAUUAAGUGGUGGGCGCUUGCACAGAAGCUCUUGCAAGCGCGCAGGAUUCAGCCUCACCCAUACCAGGUCAAGUCGGGUGGCCUGGAGGGGAUUUUGUCUGGGCUGCAAUUGCUGCGGGAGGGGAGGGUCCGAGCUAGCAAGCUCGUCUAUAAAAUUGAGGGGUAA